AUGCCUCCCGAGCGACACCGUACAACGCCAAUAGUCCGCGUCCGCACAGGAUGCUGGUCUUGCAGGCGCCGCAAGAAGAAGUGUGAUGAAGUCCGACCCAUCUGCGGAGGUUGUAAACGUAAUGAUCUGGGUUGCGAGUGGCCCACCGUCAUUCCCGGGAGAAGAAAUUCCGGAGCCCCCAACGACUUAUCGCAUGCUGAUCUAGAGACGCGGCGCUCGAGCCCCUUCAAGAUAAUUGAAGAGAUCGACUCGGCACCAAUUCCUGGGAGUCCGGCAUCUUCAAGACGACAGUCGUCUACCUCGUCCCCGUCUAGCGGUGGGCGAUCUCCUGGUGGCGAUAGCAUUGUUGAUUCGACCAGUCGAGCUCAGGAUCAGAAUCAGAUCGCAGACCGCCGGAAUUCAUACAUGAGCAGUACUUCGAAUAUCGACAAUCAUGAUGCUACUCUUAUUUCGAUAGGCUCUGUGGGGAAUGUCGUGCCGCGCACGAUGUCGAUGUUGCCAGGAUAUGACCCGGAUUCUUAUACGCUUAUCAGUCAUUAUCUCAGUACCACAGCCGACUGCAUGGCAAAUGGCACGACUCCGGUUAACCCUUUCUUGGUUCAAAUUGUCCCACUGGCAUUUACAAGCGACUUAUUAUUACAACUUGUUAUUGCGCAGAGUGCUGCACAUCGGGCAUUUCGACGUCGCGAUGAGUCUGACGCCAUUGCUCAGUCUCACUAUACCAAAGCGAUUCAAUUAUUUCGGAGCGGUGUGACAGAAUUUAUCGAUGGAAAAGAGCCCAAUCCGUUGAUGCUGCUCGUUGGUGCGCUUUUAAUGUGUUUUACAGAGACGACAAAAGGAGACAUGACAGGAACAGUCUUCGACCAUUUAACAGCCGCCAACUCUUUACUCAUUAAGCUUCUAGCACAAAGCGAUAGAGCAGUACCCAGAGAACUCAAGGACUUCGUCAUUGAAUACUAUGUCUACACAGCCUCCGUCAGCAUGAUCUCGAUCGACGCUCGACUAAGCGGGCAGCUCUUCCUCAACUUCGACCUCGAGCAAAGAGCUCGCGAACUCUUGACCAUGCAAUAUGUUGGAAAUCUAUGCGGCUGCUGGUUAGAGCUAUUGCUCCUUAUCCCGGUGAUAUUCGACCUCGGCCGCCAGUGGAUGAUGGAAGAAACACAUACCGUGAUUCCGACCGCAGAUGAUAUCGCGAUGUUCGCUUCCAUUCAAGCCCAGAUUCUACGAUGGACCCCCUUCCCAUCCGUCGAUCCAGAAGUGUAUUUAGCAGGUCUUAUAUUCCAGCAAGCUAUGUUGAUAUACCUAUACACCUCUCUGGGCGGUUACAAAUACACACAAGAGGGGAUGUAUCGAGGCUUGAUCCAGACUGCAGUGACGGAGGCAAUGUCUUAUCUUGAUGAGCUACCCGCUAAUGCCCGGAUCAACUCAGGCAUGUGCUGGCCCAUUGCAGUCAUCGGCUCUUGCUUAGAGACUAUUGAGCAGCAGGGUCGCUUGAGAACACGACUAGCAGCCAUGGCAAGUCAUUUCGGUAUUGGAAAUAUGCAUCGCACGCUUCAAUUGCUAGAGGCAAUUUGGCAUUUGCCCACGGCAGAUACGGGGCCAUGGAAUAUUUGUCGAUCAAUGCAACAGAAAGAGAUCUGGAUCUCGUUUGCUUGA